UGGAGGGGGGGCGAGAGAGAGAGAGCACACAGCCAUCCUCACCCCCGACGGCAGACACACACAGCAGACGCGCAGCAUAGCAGCACCGCUCCUCAUCAUCACAGCCACAGGACGCUUCCCGCUCAGCAGCAGCAGCACAAAUCACAUCCUCGGUUCCGGCAGCAGCAGCAGUAGCCAGUACCCGUAACGUUUGUGUGUGUGUGGUUUUUUUGGUAGGAUAGUAUUUAUUUCCCCUCGUAACAAUAUAUUUCCCUUUUGCUUCCUCUUCGUUUGGUGAAUUAUUCGCGGACGGUGACAACGCAUAGAAACUGCUUACCCGCUAUUUCGAGAAGCAAGAGAUUUACCGUACAUCAUACACACAGAGAGAGAGAGAUGGCAAUGAAGAGUCUACCACUGCUGCGGUCGCUGCUGCUGCUGGCCGGACUGUUGGCUUGUCUACUCGGGGGAGCCCUGUGCAAGACGCCGACAGAGGCGCAGGAUGCAGAGGAGGUGAUCGACAUUGACAUGGAGGCGUCUGCAGACGGGCCAGACGACGAGGAUGGAGAAAUUCCCAACUCCGGCUGGGGCUCUGGUGGAGGGCUUUCUGAACAAGGAGAUGUCACCUUAGCAGCAGCUCCGACCAGCGCGCCCUCCUCCACCCAGAGCAGCACUGUUCCCAUGGUGGAGGAGGCCGUAUUGGAACCGGGCGAAGGCUCAUCCCUCGGCUUCCUGGAAACUACAGUGUCAUCGAUAACCCCAUCCUCUGCCACCCUCAGCGAAACCACAGAAGAGGCAAUAGUGCCUGUUGUAGGCAUUGAAGCGUCCGCGGAGGAAUCUACGGAUUCGCUCGUUCAGGAGGCUUCUGCAACCACGCAGUCGUCUGCCGAGGUUCCAGCAACCACCGAAUGGAAGGAGGUAGCUGCGGUAAUCGAGGAAGCGUCCGCGUUCGCACAGACCACAGUCAUGACGCCGGCGCAUACCCCAGAGGAGCAGCCCUUAGUGGAGGCGUCAGCGGAUGAUGUGAUGCUCACAACUGUCACUACAGCGACAAAAACAACACAAAGCAGUGAAGAAACAAUUUUGAAAGAUGUGGUUGGUGUAGUCUCGGAAGACAGUGACUCAACCUCGACAGAAGGCUCAGCCCCUGAGGCUCAAACCGUAGACAGAUUUCUAACAGCCGAUCUAGCAACGACGGCUCCGGCAACAACAACUGCUGCUGUUACAACAUCGGAAAUGACGACAACUACAACCGAAGUUUCGACCGAGCCGGAGCCAACAACGCCAGAUUUGUUUGGAGCAGCCCAGCGGUCUGGAGAUGAUCUAUUUAAAUUUUCAGUGUCAGAAGCCACGUCUACAAUAAGUGACAAGGUCACGAGUGAAACCGUCACUGCACAGUAUCCAGAAAUGACAUCAGCAACCACGUAUACGGACAGUGAGACAUCAGCCAUCAGCGUAACUAGCUCCACUGUCAGAGCGAUACUGCAUGGCGUGCCCAGGAUCUUUGAAUCAGAUUCGGUGGAUGAUACUACAAGUCAGAUGCAUGAAAGCACAUCGAUGCAGGAGGUGCCGGCAGUACGGGACGUGGUGCUGGGUGUUGGAGAGGAGGACGCGGUAAACUUUGGGACGACCGCUCUUCCACCACUCUCGACAGCCUCCCCGGCCGUCUACCAUCAGCACGAGGAACCCCUGGAAAAGACCGAGGUCCUCGCUGCGGUGAUCGCAGGUGGUGUUGUGGGCCUGUUUCUGGCCGCCUUCCUCGUGGCCGUGCUGAUUCACCGCAUGCGCAAGAAGGACGAGGGCAGUUACACCCUGAACGAGCCCAAGCUGGCCAGCGGCAGCUACCAGAAGGCGCCCACCCAAGAGAUCUACGCGUGAACGCCGCACUCCGUUGAAAAAAGAGAGCGAGCGGUGUUGUAACAUUCACACUCUUAACGCUCAAUUUUGAAUUAAUGUAUUUUUAUUUUAUUACCUCCUCUUUUAUUCUUUAUUUUUUUACCUUGAGACGCAUUUCCAUAUUUUAUGAGUGCCCUAACUUUUGGGUUUCAUUGGGCACAAGUGCUUGCGCUUGAUAAACAACAAGUGAUUCAAUGAGAUGCAGAAUUUGAAAAACACCACAGGAGACAACGCGAAUUUGUGACAUUGCGUGUUAUAAUGAACACGCAUCAUGUGGGAAAUAAAAUUAAAACUCCUUCCGAGAGCAUUACUUGUAAGACUGCCACGUGCAUAGCCAACAUUAAUUAACUGCUUUGGCCAUUAUAAUUUCAUAUUCUUAACUGUGAUGUUCAUUAAACUGUUUUGAAACAAACUUGGGUGAAUUGUUGACAUCUGUAGCUCUAUCCCAUGCCAUUAUUAAAUGAAUGCAUUUAAGACUACAGCAAUGCAAUAAUUGCAUCAAAGCUACAGGAUACCCUUAAUUCAUACACAUAUACCAACAGUCAAUAGAAAAAAUGUUGUUAGCAUCUGAUCCCCAUUAUUCAUGACCAAACACACAUGCAUUGUUAAAAAAAUGUUGGCUUUUGUCAACAGGCAGUGUAGAAGUUUUAAUGAGUAACUCUAUAGCCCGUCCUGCUGAUUUCUGCAGGGCACAUUUUCCGAGAGUACUACUUGUAAGACUGCCACGUGAAUCAUUGUAGAGUCACAAGUUAAUGAAGCACCUAACUGUUGUAAUAUCAACAAUGCAUGAUGGUUAAAAUUAUGACGAUUUUCAUCAAUGAUUUACUUUGUAUACAAUUUCAAAAACAGGUAUCUCGUACGUUAAAGUUAUCAAUGUAUUGAUUUAACAUUGCUAGAAAGGUAAAACAAAAUAAUAUCGUUCUGGAUAAUUGCCGUAGCUUUGUACUUUGUUACAUGUAUAAUCAAACAGGGUUCAUCAAUCUCUUGUAAAUGUAUUUACAUAGUCCCCAUUCCCCUGCCGCCACCCCAUCAUAUUACAAAUCAAGCUGUUCAGGUUAAAUGUAAUGUCGUAUUGCAAAGCUAUUGGUUUAUGCUUGUAUAAUUAUUUUAGUUACAAUUAUAGACCUAUUAUUAAAGAGCAUUGUUUUUUUCUCGUUAUUUCCUAAUUUGUUUUAAAGGCUGCAUAUCUGGUGAUGCUUCAGUGUUUGAUUAUGGUACGGUAGUGAUACGGAUUGCUAAAUGGAUUUGUAAAUUGUUUUAAAAAAUUGCUCACCAACUGAUGACCCCUUAAUGUUUGUCAACAGCACAAUGCAGCAAAUGACACUGCCUCUGUAGAAAGGUUGAGCAUAAUUCACACAAAUAUUUAACAUUUAGUAUUUGACAUUUAAAAUUGUCAUUAAACUAUGCUAUAAACAUUUAGUGUCCAUGCAUAAAUCUGCCAAGCACUUUUGAAAUUCAGAAACAUAAAUAUCGAAAGGUAAAAUAAAACAAUACAUACAAAAAAACACCAACCAAAACAAUACAUUUAGAUACCAUCAAUAAACCAUGAGCUUUAAAACAUUUAGCUCUGUCAACAUUGAGAUGUAAAACUGUAAAUAUUUCUGUGAACUGUCCAAGCUAAUUUUAAACAGAACGUUUAUGUUCAGGUUAUUUGGAGCACAAUUGAUUUAAAUUGGUCCUUUUGACCAUAUAUUUCUUUAUUUUAGAUUUUCUUGAAUUUCCCAUAGCAUUAUUCACGUCACGUAAAUUGUUGGCUAUUACAUGAACACACACACGCACACUAAUAUACACACACACGGAAUCGAAUGAAUCCUGUUGGUGAAACCCGGAGCAAACCUUAUUGCCACAGCAGCCACAGUCGUCGAGCAAACAUUUCAAGGCGUCAGCAUACUUUUUCCACUGUUGGUGAUUAACACUUCCUCGAUCUCUGCUUUAUUUCUGCGUACGAAGCAUUGCUGGCUGAGGGCCUACGAAGCACCUUAUGAAAUGUCAGAGGGAUCAGGAAUCAGCACCGCCUCGCUUAUUUAUUAUGGAUGCUCCGUAUUACCCUUCCCCCACCCGCCCCGACAGCCCUGGCAUAAUAAAGUAAAUCAAUAAAAUUCAUAUUUUUUUCUCCCUGCGAACAAUAUUUAGGCUGGAUGAACUCUUUGUUUCCAGCGAUUUCUACGUUCUUUGUUUUUGUCUUUAGUCAUAAGGGUUUGUUUGUCAUGAAAUAUUGCUAAUGUUUACCUUGACGUCGCUGUUGUUCGUAUUAUUUCAAAGGUGCAUCUACAUGUGGUACCAAUUAACGAAGCUAAUUACGAUGAAUGUAAGCGUUGUUAAUUCUUUAAGCAUUGUGAGGCUGUGUGUACAGUAUUUUCCAUGAAGUCCCAUUUAUAAUAAUGUUGGACAAUUAAACAGUGAUUUAUUUCAUCUAUGACUAGUUUUCUUUUCAAGCAGAAUUGUUGCAGUAAUUUUAUAUGUCUGAUAUGUUUAGGCAUGUGGUUAAAAAGAGACAAAUAGAAUGUCCUUGCUUGCUGUCAAUGGUAUUUCAAUUGCAAAGGCUAAAUAGUCAUCCUGUUGAGAACAUUUUCCCAGUCCUGGCUGUGUAUUGAAUGCUUCCUCUUAGUCUGCAACAGACGUAACGCUUGCUGUCUUAAUUUCGCAAACCGAUUUUUAAGUCUGGUUCAUACAUAUAAAUAAAUUACCUGAUGACAAAUAACGUCUGAUGAAACACAUUUGUGUGAGUCACGACCACCGUGUACAAAAGCUAAUGAAUUCAUAUUUUCAUCAGGCGAAUCCAGCCUGAUUUUUUUUAAAGAAGAUCUGACAUACUUUACUGAAAUUAUGAAUGACAUGACAUUUUCAUAACCCUCACAAUACACUGGGGGACAGGCAGAAGGAAUUUAUAUGAAAUGAAUUCUUAACCCUUGCACUCCCAAAGCUCAAUAUUGAGCCGUUGAGUUAGCACAUGAUGUGAUCAAGCAUAGAUGCACAAUGAUCGCCAACUUUUAAUGCAGCAAGUCUGUAAAACUGGCAAGUGUAACUGUGAUCACAAGAAUCAAGUCUCCUUGCAGACGAACUGUAAUUAUUUCAUGAAUGCAGCAUUCCUGAGUUCCUAUAAAUGCGAGAGUGCAUUUUAAGCAGUACAUAUGGAACAAUUUCAACAGGUGAAUAAUUUUCGACACGGUAAUAACAUGUUACGAAAUAUCCUGGCUGCGUUUCCACUGGCAAAGAGUACAUUUUCUCUGUCAUCACAAUUUAUGCAUUUCAGCAACUUUUGUUUCAUCCACCUUCCACACAGACCUUUGCAAAUCAGCAUAUGUGGGUUUCUUCAACUGGGUCACGUUGACUUUGGUGUCUUAUAUGUUUUAAAACAAUUCCUCUUGAACUUCUGAAUAAAAUAGAUCCUCAAGGUUAACAAACCUAAAUCUUGAGCAACAAAAUAAACAAACCUGGAUAAAG